UUAUCGAUUAAUCGAAAAAGACAUUAUCUAGAAAAGCGGCGAUUUUCGCAUACACAUUUUUUUAGUAAAAUUUCUAGAGGUUUGAUUAAAAUUUGUGUUAAGUAUAAUUAUGUCGUUUGGUGGACAAAAUAGUUCUCCAUGGCAGAGAAAUAAUAUGAUGCAAAAUCAAGUGCAAUCAUAUUCUCAACAACAAAUGUUUAUGCAACAACAAAGCGGCUAUGGGGGUGGUAAUUACCAAUCUAACAACGGUUCGGUAGGAUAUCCCCAACGUGGUUUAAAUCCAGUGGCUUUUUCAAAUACUGGAGGUGGCGGCCAAUCACAACACUAUAAUUCGAUUGGAACUGUUACGAAAAUUAAUAACGACUGUGGUUUAGUUAAUGACGAAGUCAUAUUUUAUCGCAACGUUUGUAAGGGCCAAAUACCCAAGUUAGGUGAUCGCGUACUCUUUGAAGCAUCGUUUGCAACUACUGGUAAUUAUAAGUGGAAUGCUACGCGUAUUCAAUUAAUGGGUUCACAAGCGCAACCUCCACCAUUGAUGGGCACCAGCACUGGUAGCGGCCGCAAAGGUUCUGGUUAUAAUGCAGUACCACCACCGAACGAAUAUGAUCAUCAAAAUUUCAACUCGCCCAGAAGAUCGAGUCCAGUUCGCGAUCGUCAUGGGCGUGGUGAUAGAGAGCGUCGUGAACCGAUACGUCGUUCUCGUGAUAGGGAUGAUGUCGAAAGUGAUCGUAAACGUCGUCGAGAGGAUACUGAUCGCAAUCGAGAAGUUAUUUCAUCGACACGUAGUGCAGUUUCUCGUAGUGAGCGAGAUCGCGAUGAUUUGAAACGCGAAAGAGAAAAGGAACGUGAGAAGGAACGUAGUCCUCAUCGUGCUAUUGUAAAAGGUCGUAGACCACGAGUUAUUCCUCGUUAUAUGGUGCAAAUACCAAGAUCAAAUUUAGUAUACAAAAAUGCCGACAUCCAAGAGAUACGUGAACGUUUCAAUAAUCUCUACAUACCAUCUGACUUUUUUAACGCAAGUCUUAAAUGGUCCGAAGCUUUUACUCCAGAUAAUCCAUUUUCUUUACGUCGUCCUUGUCAAUUUCAUAUAAUGCAUAAAAUUGUAGAGACACCUUUUGAAUCUAAACCAGAGGAGCUUGAACCAAAUGAUGUUGACUAUCUUUACACUGCUAAAGUUAUGUUAAUGGCUUUGCCACCAAUCGCUGAGAUGUAUCAAAAAUGCUUUGAGAAUGAUGAAAGUGAAAAUGCACAGCAUUUAGUACAUCCAUCGCGUCUUAUAAGCUUUUUAGUGGGCACACGCGGUCGUCAUGAGCCAAUGGCCAUUGGGGGGCCAUGGAGUCCAUCUAUGGAUGGUAAAAAUCCUGAUAAAGAUCCUUCAGUACUUAUACGUACUGCUAUCAGGACAUGUAAGGCUCUUACUGGCAUUGAUUUAUCAAACUGUACCCAAUGGUAUCGGUUCAUGGAACUUCACUAUCAUCGUACAGAUUAUAAGCACAAAAAGAAAGAUGGACCUCCACGUGUGGAAACUGUGGUUAUUUUUGUACCUGAUGUUCAUUCGUGUAUGCCAACUACAACUCAAUGGCAAAAUUUGGCGGAAACAUACAAAACAUCGGUGGAAAAUGUAAUUGCACGCAAAAUAGCAGCUGCUAAAUCAACAGUUGCUUUAGAAGUUGAGGAUGCUUCUCCAGCUGGAAAUUCAACGUUGGCAAAUAAUUCAGUUACCGAAACAGACAGUAAAGUUGAGAACGAGAGUACCGAUGACAUUAAUGCUGAUGCAGCGAAUGAUGGAAUGGAUGCCGAAGUUACACAGACCAACCUGGAUAUAUCGUCUGAUGGUGAUGAUAACAAUAUCGAAAAGGAAGGGUUACAACCCACUCAUUAUUCAAAAUUAGAUUUGAAGAAUAUGAAGGUGAAAAAUAUUAAAGAUGAAUUAAUGGCACGCAACUUGCCAUCGAAAGGUAUACGAAGUAUGCUUAUGGGACGCUUAGCUAAAGCAAUCAAUGCUGAAAAAGCUGAGGAAAUCGCAAACAAGAAUUCAAGUAAGAAUGUAGAAACAUCAAAAGACAAUGAUGAGAAUAUUGAUAAAGAAGAGGAUGAAGAUGACGUCGAAAUUAUUGAAGAAAAAACAGAAGAAAAUGAUGAACAAGAAGAUGGCAUGAUGGACGUAGAUAUGAAUGAUAUAUUAAUAUUGGAUGAAUAUGAUUCAAGCAAAAAUCCAGAGGAUACUAAUAAUGAAUUCAAUGAAAGAGAAAAGAAUCAAUUAAUACGUCGUUACAGUUUGCCCAGUGAACCACAUGUUAUUGUUCAUCCAAACAAGGCUGCCAAGAAUGGCAAAUUUGAUUGCUCUGUAAUGUCGUUAUCAGUUUUACUAGAUUACAGUCCAGAUGAUGCAAAAGAACGUUUCUUUGAGCUUUCCUUAUUUGCGGAACUUUUUAAUGAAAUGUUGAUGCGUGACUUUGGUUUUACUAUUUAUAAAGAACUAUACUUGUAUGAAGGUAAGAAAGUGGAAGAAACUGAAGCUAAGGAUGAGAAUAAUGAGUCUGUUAAAGAUGAAAGUAGUAAGGAUGUUCCUACAGAAAAGUCUAGUACUACCACUACUGACGAGAAAUCAACAAAACCAAAUAAUGAACGAAAACGUAAAGCAGAUAACACUAAUGUAAAAGAGAAAGAAAAAGAAAAAGAAAAAGAAAGUACUAUUAGGGACAAAGAAAAUAGUUCUGCAAAAGAUAAAGACAAAGCUAAGGAAAGUUCUGUUGAAAAGAAAAUGGUUAUCGUUAAACCACAUCUGUUAUUAUCUUUCAUAUAUUUUGAUGUAACUCAUUGUGGUUAUUUGUUUCAAAAAGAUAUAGAGGCUUUAUUUUCUGUAUUGGGUCUGAACCUUUCACGUGGGCAAAUACGUGCUGUUCUAGAAAAAGUGUCAGCUCAUCAAAUAUAUUAUCGCAAAAUAACUGACAAAGAAGAAUCCCUCGAUGCGCCACCAACUUUACAAGAUGCAGAUGACAUACCAGAGGAUGAACUUAAGGACAUUGCAUUAGGAAAUAAUAAAUAUGAUUCGAUUCUUAAUGAAAAAGUUGUUAGUAAACAAUCUUCGAAAGCAACUAGUGCAAGUGAUGGUCUAAUCAGUUACAAUGGUGCUUUGGUGCACGUUGGAAAACUUAUGGAACAAAUUAAACGUACUGAAAAGAAUUAUUCCGAUUUAGAAAAGCUGCAUAAUGAUUUACUCAAAUCCCAUACUGAGUUAAAUAAAGAGCAUACAAAAUCAAACAGCAAAGUUAAAGAUCUUCAAUCAGAUGUUAAGUCUUUAAAUAGAAAAUUAUCAGACGUUCAUCAAGAACUUAAUGGUGUUAAUCGUAAAUAUCGUGAUCAACAGGCUACAAUACAAUUCAUUUAUAACCGCGUUCAACCAUAUUUCCGUGAAAAAGAAAAGGAGAAGCAUGAAAGUGGACGCGAAAAAGAAACUGAUAAAGAUAAGGAAAAAGAAAAACCUAAGGAAAAAGAAUCUAAAGAUAACAAGGAAAAAGAGUCUAAAGAUACAAAGGACAAAGAGUCGAAAGACAUCAAGGAGAAAGAUUCGAAAGACACAAAGGACAAAGAGUCUAAAGAUACCAAGGACAAAGAGUCCAAAGACCCCAAGGACAAAGAAUGUAAAGACAUAAAGGACAAAGAAAAAAACAAACAAAAAGAAUCUAAUAAGAGUGAUGACAAGCAAAAGAAAGCUGUCGACAAAAAUAAAAUUAAAACAAAUCACGACGCUGGUAAACCUGAUGGUAAGAAACCAGAUGAAAACAUUCCUGACAAAAACGUGAAAGUCGUUUCCGGUAAAAAAUAAUUUACUAUCUUGUAUACAUAAUAUUUAACUUAUUACAUUGAAUUUUUUCAAUAAACUUAA